UUCUCCUUUCCUUGGAAAACCCCAUUUGCUAUUGUGCUCGUCCAAUCGCUGGACGCCAUCGCUUCGUUAAGCGUUUGACUUGACGUUUCACUGUACUACUGCUUCCGUCUCCCUGUCUCCCUCUCCUCCCGCUGGCACCGAGGAGAUCCCCGUCCCGUCUCUGCCAUGACUCCUCAUCCGUUCACAGCGCAAAAGCAGCGACGCUUGAAAUGACUGCUUGGACUGUCGGUUGCCAUAACGCACAAUCAAAACGGGAGCCGCUCGGUUUUUUGCGUAAAAGCACCGUAAAAUCGGGAAAACAUGCAGGAGAAGCUAACGGACAACCAGACUCCCACUUCAUCGAGGGCAUCGUCGUUUUUUAUCGAGAACUUACUGGGCAAAGGGCGGAAUGGGCAGGAGUCGAUGUCGGCCAGGAGUCGCGGGGAAGCUGGUGUGGAGACGGUCUCCACCGGCAGAGUCCUCAACGCACAUCACGCCGACACGAGCGCUCCGGCGCCCGAUGGCUCCAGCUGCGCAGCUCGGUCCCCGUACAGAGACUCGCAGUUGCAGUGGUACCGCGGGGGGACUGCCUUAAACGUCAGCGCUUUGGGAACACCACAGAGUCCAAGACAUAAUAUAAGUCCAGACGAGCACUGCUGCUCCGUAUCGGCCAGUGACAGAUGCUCCCCCGCCGUGUCUGAGCCGAUAACGGAGGGCAGCGACGAAAGCGACCGGAAAACAGGCGACAGCAACCUGACAGACGACAACGAGGACGCGCAGAACGGUUAUGACGUACGGUCAAGGCAAGACGCAUCCUCGGACCUGAGCUCCACCCGGAAGAAGAAGACCCGGACCGUGUUCAGCCGCAGUCAGGUGUUUCAGCUGGAGUCCACCUUCGACGUGAAACGGUACCUGAGCAGCUCGGAGAGAGCGGGGCUGGCAGCGUCCCUCCACCUGACGGAGACUCAGGUCAAAAUCUGGUUCCAGAACCGGAGGAAUAAAUGGAAGAGACAGCUGGCGGCGGACCUUGAGGCUGCACAUAUCCCACACUCGACCCAGCGGAUUGUCAGGGUCCCCAUUCUGUAUCACGAGGGACCCGCACCUACUGCAGCACUGGGUUUCAGCCUGAACGGACAUCCAGUUUCUUCACCCGUCGCGGGCUUCUCCAGCUCCAUCAACUACCCUCUGUCCUCGUUUGCUCACUCCAUGAGCAUGUUAAGAUCGCAGAUGACCGGCUUGGUGUAAAGACCGUUCAAGACUGAUCUAUCAAACUGUUUCUUAAUAACAUAAAUUCACCCUGUUAAUCGUGCAAUAGGCCUAACCCACAAUCCAAAGAGAAGAGCCGCAGAGACCGUGAUUAUAACACACAGUAAUGAAUCAUCUUUAUACACUAUGUCGGUUCAUAAACCGCUACAAGUCUGUGCUCCUGUCACAGACUAUAACAGCCCAGCAUGGCAAGGCCGAGAGCAAGGGAGGCCGAAGCUGUUCAUGUACUGUAUGUUUGAAUACACAUAUUUUUGCAAACUUUUAUAUUUAAAGCCACAAAUCUUUCCAUCUUUGUCACUUUUUCACAUAAUAGAUCAAUUAAAAAA